AUACCAAAAUACCAAAUUGAAUGUAUUUCAAACCAAUAGGCAAAGUUUUAAAGUUACCCAGAAAUUUGAAAAGCGUGCCAGUAAAACGGAUGCCAUUAGUGGAAACAGGGUGUUUGCUCGCUACAUCGUCAAUCGAUGAUUUCCGCACACCGAUAACUUCUUGUUUUGGCCAAAAAUUAAGCGAACUGAACAAUAUACCAUUCCAUGGUCUAGUCGGUUCGUCCAGCAAAGGAGCAAGCAGCCAGCAGACAGCAGCCAAGAUGCCCAUUUACGAGAGCGUGAUGCAGGAGAAGCCGCCCAUUGUCCUCGACAUUGGCACCGCCUACACCAAGCUGGGAUUCGCAGCGGAGGCGUAUCCGCGCAAGAUCAUGCCCACGGAGGUGGUGAUGACCACGACGGGGAUCCGGAAGCGUCUGUUCGACUACGACACUCCGGAGGAGCUGUACGACCAGCUAGUGGAUUUUCUGCAGACGAUCUUCUUCAAGCAUCUACUGGUCAGCCCCAAGGAGCGCAAGUUCGUGCUGGUGGAGAACGUGUUCGGAUCCACUGUGCUGCGUGAAACCUUGGCCCGCGUGCUCUUUGUCCACUUCGACGUCUCCUCCGUGCUGUUCGUGCCCGUGCAUCUCAUUGCGCUGUCUACGCUGGCAGUGCCCACUGCCCUUGUGGUGGACGUUGGCUACAGCGAGACCAGCGUUAUGCCCGUCUUCAGCGGGGUGCAAAUCAUGGCCGCCUUCAAGGAUCAGAGCUACGGAGGCAGCGCCAUCCACGCGGAGAUCAAGCGGCAGCUGGUUGAGAGUGGCGUUAAGGAGAGCCUGCUAACAGAAAGCGUGCUGGAGGACAUCAAGGUGCGAACCUGCUUUGUGACCACCAUGGAAAGAGCCAAGGCCCGCGCCAACGGCGACGAGAAUCAGCCGACUCCCGCGCCAGACGUGGACUACAUUGUCAGCGACAACGAUGCGGUCAUCCAGGUGCCCGGCCUCCUGCGGGAGUCUGCCUACGAGAUCAUGUUCGAGGCCAGCAACGAGCGGGACAGCCUGCCGCAUCUCAUCCUGCGCUCCAUUCUCGACUGCACACUAGACGUGCGACGUGCCCUGGUCGAGAGUGUGUUCCUCGUGGGCGGCGGCUCAAUGGUCCAGGGUCUGCUGGCCCGCCUCCGCCAGGAGCUGCAGCAUCUGCUCACCGAGGAUCCGUUCUACGCCGAACGCUUCCAUGGCGAGCUGCAGUUCAAGUUUUUCAAUGCUGUCGGCAAGCAAAACUUUACUGCCUGGCUGGGCGGCGCCUUGUGCGGCGCGACGGAUCUCAUCCAGACACGAUCGCUGGUCAAGGAGACGUAUCUAAAGAGCGAGCACGUUCCCGACUGGAGCAACCUGUGCGAUAAUAGGCCGACAGGCUCGUAGACUCGAGGGCAGUCCCGGAAGAUGGAAAUAUGUACGCUUCGGCGCUUUACUGGUUACGCGUACUAACAUACUCUUGAUUAUUAUUCUGUAAUAUAUAGGUAUUAAAUAUUUACGAAAUAUAGGCUAACGAGCUUUAAAC